AUGCAGAGCGAGAGAGAGCAGCGAAGUAGGGCGGCACGCAGACGCAAGCACGAUUGGACUACUGCAACGACGAACACCAGAGCGGUCGACGGGGACAUGGUAAUUGCUGGGCCCUGUUGCGGCUGGCCGAUUUCUUCCUCGCUCCUCCUUCGUCACGGCAGACCGGACUCGCGUGCGUCUACGGAUGAGCGGCAAGAGCGCGACCAGAGACGACGACGCGUGGCGAGAGAGAGAGAUCCGGGCAGCGCGCACACCGGACGACCGCCCGAGACGCGCACAUACCACAGCAUGUCGGCGCGGGACCGUCACGCGGCCGAGCCGGUGGCCGACCUCGUCCGUCGCCCCUUUUCCUUUCCGGGGAAGCGGGAAAAGGGGAAGGAGGAGAAGGGGCGAGAGAAGGGGAAAGAAAAAGAGCAGAAGCGACAAAAAGAGAAGGAGCUGAAACAAAAGGAGCAGCAGCAGCAAGAAGACCACCAUCGCCUCCGCUCACGCUUUGUCGAGGGUUCCAUGAGCGACCGAGCCAGCGCGGCACCACCGGUCGCCUUUCUGGGUCCCGAGGCCGUCAGCGCCUUUUACGCGCCGCCCGUCGUCAUCGUCGGUCCGCCGGCCGAGUGUCAGCCGGCGUACCCGCGCAGCUCGCUGCAGUCGGGCACUGGCAGCACGGGCAGUUUCGGCAGCGGCCUCAGCGGCCUCAGCGUCGACAGCGGUGACAGCGGUAACAGCAGCACCAGCAGUCGGCGACCGGCCAGCUUUCUGGCACCGCUCUUCGACGGUGUCCGGUGGCUGCACUGGCGACGACGAGGCGGCGGCGGCGGCAGCGGCGAGACGGCGACGAUGUCGAGCGGGCCAACAUCGGCUCCCACAGCGGUGCCAGCAGGCGGAGGUGCCGUCGACCAGGCGACCGACCAGACGACCGACCAGACGACCGACGUGCGUCCCGAUGUGCGUCUAGCAGCCUCCCCGCCGGUGUCGGGCUAUCGUCCGCCGGCCGGCCAGCCGUCGGCCGAGGAGGUGCUGGCCAACUACCAACAGCUGAUGCAGUCGGGCUUCUUCCGGGAUCGAGCCAUUCCGGCGACGCGGUUGGGACUCACGCGCGGAGAACGUGCCGAGUCCAAGACGGGCGACUUGGAGCCCAUGCCCCAGCGCACCGCCGACGACGUGCUGGCCGUGCUGGCCCAAAGCCUUGCGGGCGACGGCCGGCCAGCAGCGGCAGACGUGCAUGAUGUGCAGGAUGUGCAGGAUGUCCAAGACUCCCAGGACCCCCAGGACGACCCCCCAACCAUCGUCCGGCGCGGCACCAAACGAGGCCACGCCGACGUCGAGCCGGCGGCCGCUGGCGGCGAGCGGUACAAGGCCGACACCGGGCGGGUGAUCACGACGGCACGCAGCCGCGGCAAGCUGGUGAAGAAGCUGCGCAGGACGACCAGUCGGACCGAUUGGGAGGGGGCCGGACGACACGACGCGGCCGUGAGCGUGCAUCAGGUGGUGCCACCGAUGCGGCACAUGCUGACGAGGAGCAGUCGCGGUGGCCUGCGGGAGCGCGAGCGAGAGGACCGGAAGCGAGCGGAGGCAAUCGCGGAGGCAGAGGCGGCGGCCGUGGCAGCAGCCGAAGCAGCGACAGCGGCCGAGCUGCGCAAGAAGAGGCGGGCAGGCGGGGCUGUGAUGGUGCACCAAGACGGCGAGGGUCGUCGAAGCGGAGAGGCACGUCGCAGUGGAGAGAUGCGUCGCAGCGGAGAGGUACCAUCGUGGAGACGGGGACCACUGAAGGAGCAGUUCAAGGACACCCAGGACCUCCAGGACCACGACCAACACCCCGCCCCCCCACAGAAACCCAUCAGCUUCCACUACCCACUGCGGGCACGCAUGCCGGCUGCGGCUGGUGGAGGGCCGAUGUCGCCGCAGCCGACGUGGCGCAACAGCGACCAGGACACGGACCAGCCGCUGCUGCUGCUCACAAAGCGCAUGAGCUAUGCAGACGCGGUGGAGAACGUGGAGAACAUGUCGCCGACGUGGCAGGAGUGA